AUGUGGUGCUUAGCCGCAAUCCCAAUCAAGUGGGCUAUUGCUUUCACACUGCUUCGCAUUGCAAACAAAAGAAAAGCGUACCAAUGGUCCAUCUAUGUGAUGAUGGCUGCGGUAGCCAUUGUCAUGGCUUCUACCACAAUGUAUGAAUUCUUUCAUUGCAAACCUAUUCCAAUGAACUGGAGAACCGUUGAAGGCGGGUCAUGCUUGCCUCAAAGUAACAUCACUGGCUUCAGUUUCGCACUUUCAGUUGUCUCGAUCGCUUCGGAUUGGUUUUGUGCGUUGAUACCAAUUCCUCUAUUGUGGAAUGUACAGCUAGAUUUCCGUGUCAAACUUUCUGUCCUUGCGCUCUUAGGUCUAGGAGUUUUUGCAUCCUCCGCCGCCCUUAUCCGUCUCACGAUAACAGUGAACCUGUCAUCCACCUCGGACUUCCUCUACCACGCAAUGCCUGUAGCCGCUUGGGCGCAGGUCGAACUGGGCCUCGGUGUCAUCGUUGGCAAUCUUCCAGCGCUUCGUCCACUCCUCGAGAAGCUUUUGCAAAUUCGAUCCACAUUGAACAGCAACAAACGGUCUGAUAAGAAGACCAGUGAUCGUUACCUCGAGCUUGGUGAAGGCCUGUCUCGAAGAACCAGUUCAAAAAACGGCACAGUGGCUUCUAAACAGGGUCCCAAAACAAAUAUAUACGGGGGAGAUCUGGUGGAUAAUUUUGGUGGACCACGACAUUCACGUCACACACGAAGAAGCUUGGAAGAGAUGAAUAUCGACCAGGGACUUUUUGCUCACCUAAAACUGAUAAUCACCAAUACAUUCAUCCAAUGUAAACGACUUCGUAGUGACCAAGCCUGCUUUGAUGACUAA